AUGAGUAGUCCUAAUAAAAAAAAAGCACGAUUAAUAAGUUCGAAUGAUGAGAGCGAAUUAUGUAAUCAUCUGAAAAGAAAAAACCAAAAUGAAGACCUAGACUUGUCAAAACGGCAUAAAGCAGACAAAAUACUAGAGGAUGAUCUCCACGCCAAAAAAAGGCAAAACUUCAUAACGGCAUGUGAAAUUGUGUCGUACAAAGCUUACUUCAAUCAAAGCUCUCGAUUUCAAUUAGUUUAUUUGCCAACUUGCGCUAAAAAUAUUGCUUGCAAACAUGUUGAUAAAAAAGACAUCACCUUGAAGCAGACGUCAUCUUAUGUCGAAGAAUCAUUUAAUAUUGAAAUUAAAACAAAUAUGUGGCGUGAAGCAUUAGAAGUGUGCAGAUUAUGUACGACUUCUGAACAAUAUCUAUCAACAAAUAUUCUCAAAGAAGUUGUGGAAAUCAUGUUGAAUGCUCACAGUGAUGAUUACAAAGAUUAUACAAUAGAUUACCUGAUCAACAAAUGUCAGCAAAUAUUUGAACAUAACUUUAACUACCACCCACCUUGUUUAAUAAAAACCCUAAGAAAAUGCUACACUGAUUUUCUCACAAGCCCUAUGGACUUAAAAGAGAAUACAUUUACCAAUAGAUCAGAAUUUGAGUGUAACAAAGGAAUAGUAAAGUAUUGUUUAAAUAGAUUGGAAUAUGAAAUAAGUGUGGACAGUAAAGAUGGGCCACUACUAGAUAAAUAUGAGCAUAUACCUGAAGAAAUGAAGCAAAGUGUGAAAGGCUUGCAUUGGCAAAAAGAGAAAUUUGAAAUUUUUGAACUUCUAGACAGAACUGAGAGGAUAAACAGACUUUUUGCUGUUUUAGACAGUAUUGUUGAGUUAUUGCAACUGGAUUUAGCUAUAUGGAAUACAAGAUACACUAACAAUUUAGGCUCCCAUAUCAUGAGAUCUCAUAAGCCAUUGAUGGCUCAUUUGCUGUGGUCCAACAAUGUGCUAUAUACAGGAACAGUGAACAAUAACUGCAGGCAGAUAUUAAGGUUGUUCAUCUAUUUAAUACAACUUGAAUACCCUGAAGAACACAUUAAAGUCAUAACUGCAUGGUUAAAUAUUAUAAUUCAAACAUUUUACAUUUGUGAAAACAAUUCCAAUAGUGACUACCCUAACACUGGAAAAUAUUGUACAGUCUUUGCAAAAGAGUUCUACAAAUUGAUAUCAGGAAUGUCCCAAAAAUUAAAAAUUAAGAUAUUGGAGAGAAUAAAACCAGACUACAUGCAGUAUCUCAUUGGGGUACUGCAUUUAAAAACAUUACUUGCAACUCAAGCAGAAGACCCCAUCAGUAUACUAAUUGACUUCAUCAAAACUACUCAGUGGAAGAAAUUUCCAGAAAGUAAAACUGAAAUAAUGCCUUAUAAGACAACAGAACAUUCUUUGAAAAAUGUCAAGAACCUUUUUAAUUUUCUCAAUAAGAAAUAUGCAAAUGUAAAUACAAGUGCUUCAAAUAACAGCACAAGUGAAAAAAAUGUUUAUAAAAAAUUGGAAGACAACUUGAAUCAUAAAGAAGUUGAAGUUACUCUUAAUGAUGCUGUACACAUAUUAUAUAUUACAGUUGGAGCUUAUUUAGACGCAUACAGUGUUCAAAACAUGCAAGAAGCAUUAGAUUCACUGAAUGAGCAGUUGCUGAAUGGCGACUCUUCAAACAAUGAUUAUAGUUUGCCUAUAUUUUGUUCUUACUCAGUGUCAGAACAGUUUGUGAAAAGAUAUAGAUCUAUAUACCAAACAUUACGUGAACUUAUGAUACUGUUACAAGAAAAGCGUGAUAGUGGCGAAUUACCAGAGACAUUCAAAAUAUUUACAAAAAUAGGUCUGUAAUAAAUGGUGAAACAAAAGUAAACACAUUUUUUAAUCAACUAAAUAUAUCUACUUAAAAAAAUGUGAUUUGAAACUGAUAAGACUGCUCUCAUUUUGUAAUUAAUUAUGUUGUCUCUUUGACAUUCUGUAAUAAUAAUAAAAUACAUU